AUGGAAAAAAUAACACUCCUAUCAGCUCCCAAGACGCUCCCAUUGGGCUCCGCGCCCGCAGACGAAGUCAGAACCUACAUCACCCAACUCCUCGUCAAGAAUAAUGACGUCCCCGUCGACAUUGCUGAGAAAUAUGCCAGUAAAUGGGAAAUCGGCCAGUUCUCACAGCUCACGCAAGCCUCGGAGGAGGCCCUCCAGCGUAUCUUCGGGGACAAUGUCGGUCUGUGUGUCUAUAUCGCUCUUCAGGAGGCGCUUCGGGAGGACAUAUCCAAAGUCCUGGAUAAAAGACCAUCGGCGAUUAUCAGCAGUUAUGCCGCCACUGCCUCUACCUUGAUUCUGGCGUCCUUCCUAUUACUGUUUUUUUUACCAGAAUUAGGAUUGCAGGCUAAGCGAGGUAACAUUAUCCUAUAUUGUCUUUUGGCCCCCGGGAUAUUUACCAGUUUUGAAGGUUACUGA